UGUCCUGCCUUGGCCUAGAAGACAUCCAGCGUCCACCACCACCAGUCUAGGCUCCUCGGGAAGCCACUCCACUCCACUGCUACACUCCUGCCACUGCGAGAGGAAACGUGAGGAAGACAAGCAGGACGCCAUUGCCAUGCCUUCCUCCUCCUCGUCUUCCCUCGAGCCGGACCACCACCCUGCCCUCCGCAGACAAGGCGACACCGAGGGCGCCGUCUCGUUCCUGCGAACGCAGCACGACGUGGACGCGGUGUGCGACAAGUACGGCGUCCCCAGGGACCGGUACACCGCGCGCCCCGCCGGCGACCUGCGCGCGAGCUCGCCCCCGCCGCCGGGGUGCGUCUGCGUGUACGCGGAGGCCCUGGAGGCCGGCAUGCGCGUCCCGCUGCACGGCUUCUUCUGCGACGUGCUCGCCCAUUUCGGCAUCGCGCCCACCCAGCUCGCGCCCAACGGGUGGCGCAUCUUGGCGGGCUUCCUCGUGCUCUGCCACUCCGCCGACGUGCCGCCGUCGCUGCCCGUGUUCCGGUACUUCUUCCUGCUGUCCAUCGUCAACCACAAGCACAGAGGCUGCUACUUUUUCCGAUCCAGGGACAACUCCGGCCUGCGCUUCAAGGGGAUGCCGAGCUGCAUCAAGGACUGGAAGAACUCGUUCUUCUUCCUGUCGUCGCCGGAGCCGUGGCCUUUCCCCGUGGAGUGGGGCGAGCCGUCCAAGAGCUCUUUCAUGGUGCCGGUACUUGACAGCGAGAGGAAGAAACACGCGGCGAAGCUACUGCGCAGUUACGCCAGCGCCGCCGUUGACAUCGAUACAUGUCUCUCCGACAGCAACCUCGCAGCCGCCAUGGCACCUGCUGCAUCUGCGCGGCGGCCGCCGCCGCCGGCUUCUUUUACUCGCAUUGCUUCCGAUUCCAAAGG